ACAGAGGAAACUCCAGCUGAAGCGACUGAUCUCCACGAGACGCACUAUUGGAAAGAUGGAGCUUCUAAAAGAGGAGAUUGAAGAAAUACUAAUCAAACAAGAAGAUGUCGAGGAACAAACAGACCUGGUGUUGCCGAAGGAAGAGAAUCAAGAUCAAGACGUGUCCGAAAAUCAGACCUUCGUUAUUAAAGAAGAACCUUUUAGUUGCUCACAAACUACAGAGGCUUGCACACAAACAACAGUGCAGAGCACUGAAACCAAAUGCUCUUUCACCUGCCAAGAGUGCGGAAAGAUGUUCGUUAUUAAAAGUAACCUCAGGAGACACUUGAGAACUCACACCGUCAAGGAAGAUUUCUCCUGCCAAAAGUGUAAUACGAGUUUCACGAACCAAAAAUCCUUAGACGCUCACAGUAGACGUUACCGAUGUACGAUUUACUCCUGCAAACGGUGUGGAAGAAUUUUUCCAGCAAGAGGUGGUUUGGAGGUUCACAUGAGAUUCCACUCUGCGCCGCUGGGCCUUUCAUGCUAUCAUUGUGAGAGAGGCUUCAAACUCGAAAGCACCUAUAAACGGCACAUGCGGGUUCAUUUUAUAGAUGGCUGCUUCACAUGCCAGCUGUGUGAAAGGAAAUGCCAAAGCUUGAACGUGCUUCAGGAGCACAUGCGAAUUCACACCGGAGAAAGACCUUUCAGCUGCGACUACUGUAAAGUAGGUUUCACUGGCAAAGCAGGCCUCAAGCACCACAUAAAAGCUCACCAUGAAGAUAAAGCGUUCAUAUGCAAACGCUGUGGAAAAAGUUUUGCUCAGAACGCGCACCUCAAGAUCCACAUGAACUCUCACGCCAAAAAGAGGACUUUUAAAUGCCAAGUGUGCGGGAAGGAUUUUAGUAGUGAAAAUGUUUUUAAUUGCCACAUGAAAUGUCACAGAAUAGAGAAGCCUUACACGUGUGCACAGUGUCAAAGAAAUUUUGUUACAAGCAGAGGACUCGAAUCGCACUCGAAGGUUCACACAGCAGGGAAAGCAGUUACCUGCUAGGAGUGAGGAAAGGGUUUUUCUUAAAUGCACAGACUAAAAGUCCACAUGCGAGUUCGCGCCUUUAGAAAGACUCUUACCGGUCAACAAGGUGGGAAGAGUUUCAGUAAUAAAAGGGACCGUACGCUCUACAGACAAGUCUUUCAUCUGUCCAAACUGUGGAUGUGGUAAGAAAUACAGGAAAAUCAACAAAAGAAGAUUAUUAAAAAGGGGAGUUGGACUGAUUGUGUUUGCUUGGGUUCAGCUGCUGCUUUCCUGUUGAAACACUCAAUAAAUGCGUUCCAUGUUA